GGGGGGUCUAAAAAGACCGAGAGUAUCAAUACAAAAGAAUAUGAGUAAUAAGGGAUUUUCAGCAAACUAUCAAGCAACACACGAGCAGGAUUUAAAUAGCAAAUGGUGGUUAUUUCCAGUCAGAGAAGGAAGCCAGUGUCUGGGAUUCUCUCCACAUGUCUACCUGCCAUGAUCAAGUGUUUGUCAGAUGAAGUACAAGCUAAAUUGCGUUCCGGUUUGGCCAUAAUCUCCUUAGGCCAGUGUGUUGAGGAACUUAUCCUCAACAGUAUUGACGCUGAAGCAAAAUGUGUGGCCAUCAGAGUGAAUAUGGAAACUUUCCAGGUUCAAGUGAUAGACAAUGGAUUUGGGAUGGCAGGGGAUGAUGUAGAGAAGGUGGGAAACCGGUAUUUUACCAGUAAAUGCAACUCAGUACAGGAUUUGGAGAACCCAAAGUUUUAUGGUUUCCGAGGAGAGGCCUUGGCAAGUAUAGCUGACAUGGCUAGUGCUGUGGAAAUUUUAUCCAAGAAAAAUACAACUAUGAAAACCUUUGUGAAAAUGUUUCAGAAUGGGAAAGCCCUAAAUGCUUGUGAAGCUGAUUUGACUAGACCGAGUGUGGGGACAACAGUAACAGUGUAUAACCUGUUUUCCCAGCUCCCCGUGAGGAGGAAAAGCAUGGAUCCUAGGCUAGAGUUUGAGAAGGUUAGGCAGAGGGUGGAAGCCCUGUCCCUCAUGCAUCCUUCCAUCUCGUUCUCUUUGAGGAAUGAUGUUUCUGGUGCCAUGGUUCUCCAGCUCCCCAAAACCAAAGACGUGUGUUCUCGAUUUUGUCAAAUUUAUGGACUAGGCAAGUCCCAAAAGUUAAGAGAAGUACAUUUUAAAUAUAAGGAGUUUGAGUUUAGUGGCUACAUUAGCUCUGAAGCACACUACAAUAAGAAUAUGCAGUUUUUGUUUGUGAACAGAAGACUGGUUUUGAGGACAAAGUUGCAUAAACUCAUUGACUUUUUAUUAAGAAAAGAAAGUGUCAUAUGUAGGCCGAAGAACGGCUCCGCCAGUAGGCCGAUGAAUUCAAGUCCACGGCGUCGUUCUGGCCCAGAACUCCAUGGGAUAUAUGUGAUCAACGUGCAGAGCCAGUUCUGUGAAUAUGACGUGUGCCUGGAGCCAGCCAAAACUCUGAUUGAGUUUCAGAACUGGGAUACCCUGUUGGUUUGUAUUCAGGAAGGCGUGAAACGGUUUUUAAAGCAAGAAAAACUAUUUGUAGAAUUAUCAGGUGAAGAUAUUAAGGAAUUUAAUGAAGAGAAUGAUUUCAGUUUGUUUGGUGCUACUCUUCAAACACAUGCAUCCACUCGUGAGAAGUGUGACCAGAGCAGUUUCCAGGAAGCGUGUAAUAAUAUUUUGGAUUCCUAUGAAAUGUUUAAUUUGCAGUCGAAAGCUGUGGAACGAAGAGCUACCAUAGAAAAUACAAACACACAGAGUUCUGGGGAUUCAGAAGCUAGCAGAGAAAAGACAACCGACUCACUGUGCAGCUGUGAAGCAGGUGGCCUGGGCCGUGGUAAAAUGAUAGAGUCAUCGUCGGCACACAGCACAGACAGCGCUCACUUAGAAUCAAGGGUGUUGGAAGAAGAGGUCGUGGAAGAAUCACGAUCCGGAGAAAACGAGAAACAUCAGAAAUCUUUCUUGGAACAUAAGACUUCAGAAAGUCCAUGUGGAACUAGCCCAAAAAUGUUUUCAAGCCCUAUUUGGACACAUUGUAUCUUUGAGGAGAGUGAGGCAGAUCUAGAAAUACAGAAAACAAGUACUGCUGUUAAUGUCAUGGCUGCCGACAUUCCCCAGAAUAGUGGGAUUCAGAAUCUACUAGAAAAACAUAGAGAUGCUACUGAAGUGGGGUACCAGCCUCUGCCUUUUGAGACAGCAGUAUUUAGAGUACAGGGUACACAGAGAAAGAAGGAAAAAAGAAAACAAGAGCCUAGUAGGCAUGGAAGAGUAAAUGUUUUUAGUCAUGGACAAGUUAAAUUAUGCUCCACCGGCUUUAUCACUCAUGUGGUACAAAAUGAGUACACCAAGUCAACUGAAACAGAACAUUCAUUUAAAAAUUAUGUUCGCCCCGGCCCUGUUAGUGCCCAGGAAACAUUUAGAAAUAGAGCAUACCACGCACUUGAGAUUCCAGACACGGAUUUAACAAGCACUUUAAGUAAAGAAUCUGCUCAGCUGCCCCACAAAAAGUUCUGCAGGACAAAUACAGGUUAUGGGACAGAGAAGAACCCAGUAGCGGCGGAUGAGAGCUUGACUCUUUUUCAGGAAGGUGGUGCAGGAUCACACACGGAUUGUUUUCUGCCUGCUACAUCCUCCUUCCCGUGGGGUAGAUCUGCUUCAGACAGUAGUAAGAGAACAGAUAAGAUUAUGCGUUCCUCCAGACACAUGGUCCGUAGGAAGCUAACCCUGCAUUCACAAGUAGGAUCUUUAGAGAAGUUUAAGAGGCAGUAUGGGAGGGUUAACAGUUCUCUAGAUACAGAAGGGGAAAGUAAUACCGAAGUCAGGACCCACUGCGAUCCUCGGGGCGAACCUGACAUUCUGCUGGAAAACAAGCGUCACGUAGAUGUGUCUGGUGGUGGUAAGAUCACUACUGGGGAGCACAGUGAUUCUUACAAUACUUGUCAACCAGUAAGUCACAUCCUGUACUCAGAGAAAUGUCCAUUUUCCAAAGAAGAUUGCUUAGAACAGAUGCCUCAUUUGAGAGAAAGUCCUAUCACUCUGGCAGAAUUGUCUCACUGUAACAGAAAACCUUCCAAUGUUGAGAAGCCCAUGGGAUCACUGGCUUCUAAAUUAUCCAGACUGAAAGGUUCUGAAAAAGAGAUGCAAACAGGCCACAUUAGUGAACUUCCAGACAGUAGCCGGGGCACUAGUAAGUUAGACUUACAUUUUUGUGAAUUAUUUAAAAAUAAACAUGAAAAAAUAGAGAGUGGCAUGCUUCUAAUACCAGACUCUGCCACACAGGCUAAUUCCAUCCUUAGUGCAAUACAUUCUAACAAUGUAAUGGAUGACACAGAGAAACCAGAAACUCCUUUGCUGUUAUCCUGUGAUGAUUCUAAAAUCAGUAAAGAUUCAGACGUUCUCAUCAAAUCUUCAGAGCAACAUAUAGGAAAUCCUGAUUGUCCCAGUAGAGUGAUCAUGAGUCAGGUCGAAGAUACCACUGCCAGCCAAGAUGGAAUUUGUUCCCAGAAUGACGAAUCUGAAGCAAGAUCUCGUUCCGAAAAUGAAGACUCAGAUACACACUCUAUGGGCUGGCACCAGCACUUUGAUGGAACCCUGGGAAGAAUGGUUUACAUCAACAGAACUACAGGACUCAGCACGUUCAUUGCUCCUACUGCAGACGUUCAGACUGCUUGUACUAAAGACCUGACAACUGUGGCUGUGGAUGUCCUACUUGGGAAUGGGGUUCAGUACAGGUGCCAUCCUUUUAGAAGUGAUCUUAUUCUUCCUUUCCUUCCAAGAGCUGAGGAAGAGAGGCCUACGCCGAGGCAGAGCGGCAGAGAUGCUGUGGAAGCUGCUGUUGUCAGUGACUCACUUCAGUCCUUGUUUUCAGAAUGGAGCAAUCCAGUAUUUGCCCGGUACCCAGAGGUUGCUGUUGAUGUCAGCAGUGGCCAGGCAGAGAGCUUAGCAGUUAAAAUUCACAAUGUACUAUAUCCCUAUCGCUUCACCAAAGAAAUGAUUCAUUCAAUGCAGGUUCUCCAGCAAGUGGAUAACAAGUUUAUCGCCUGUUUAAUGAGCACGAAAAUGGAAGAGAAUGGCGCAGGUGGAAACCUUCUAGUCUUGGUGGAUCAGCACGCUGCCCAUGAGCGAGUUCGUUUGGAGCAGCUUAUUACUGACUCCUACGAGAAGCAGCCUCCACACAGCUCUGGUCGGAAAAAACUCCUGUCUUCCACGAUAGUUCCUCCACUGGCCAUCACGGCAUCAGAGGAGCAGAGACGACUCUUACGGUCUUACCACAAACAUCUAGAAGAUCUGGGACUUGAAUUGAUCUUCCCAGAUGCUAGUGAGUCUUUGAUCCUUGUGGGAAAAGUGCCACUCUGCUUCGUGGAAAGAGAAGCCAGUGAACUUCGGAGAGGAAGAUGUACCGUGACUAAGAGUAUCGUGGAGGAAUUUAUUCGAGAACAAGUGGAGCUGCUCCAGACCACAGGAGGCAUCCAAAGGACAUUGCCGCUGACCGUCCAGAAGGUGCUGGCCUCUCAGGCCUGCCAUGGGGCCGUCAAGUUUAAUGAUUCCCUGAGCCUAGAGGAGAGCUAUCGCCUUAUCAAAGCUCUGUCCCUGUGCCAGCUGCCAUUCCAGUGUGCCCAUGGGAGACCUUCAAUGCUGCCCUUAGCUGACCUGGACCACCUGGAGCAGGAAAAGCAGGUUAAACCCAAUAUUGCUAAACUUCGCAGAAUGGCCCGUGCCUGGCAUCUCUUUGGAAAAGCAGAAGGCUGUGAUACAAGGCAGAGCCUGCAGCAGUCCAUACCACCAUGAAAACAGAGUCACGGAUCUGUAAGGAGUUAAGGGGACUGGUAUGUCCCUGAGCAGAGAGCAUGCGCAGCACAGAACAAUACAGCUGUGAGCAGGUCAGCCUGUUCACUGUCUGGCACAUCUGUGUCCUGGAGCAGAUGCUCUCAAGCCAAAGGACAGUUCAUUCCUCUGCAUCCAUGGAUGUAUAUAAUACCUCCCUUUCGUCAAUUGAUUUAGUGGUAAAAUGGUGAUGAUUUUCUAAUUGGUAGGUUGGCUUAUGUUUGAGGGGUGUGGCUAUUGUUUUUGAGCAGUUUUCCCCAGCCUCUCAAUUUACAUUGUGUGAGAGGAUGCUCACCACUAAGGGCUGGUCUGCUUUCCUCUAAGCCCCUGGCCCAGCGCCCUCCUCCCUGUCCAUCCCUUCCCCUGCUUUACGUUCUGUGCUAGAUUCAUGGUGCUCUCUGCUCUCUAUAAAAAUAUUGCCCGACAUCUGCCAGCAAGCCUUGAGCUAAAUUAUUCUAGGGAUUAAAAAUUAUUAAUAGCUGGGUGUGGUGACAUGUACCUGUAAUCCCAGUACUUGGAAGGCUGAGGCAGAAGGCUGGCAAGGUCAAUACUAGUCCAGGCUAUAUAGCAAGACCCUGUCUCAAACUAAAUAAACUAUCAAUAAAGAGAAACACAAAGGUAGAAUAGAGAAAGUUUGAAAUCUUUUCUCUUUUUUAAUUCUCCGUGUAGCCCUCUGUUCUGGAACUUGGUCUGUAGACCAGACUGGCCUCAGUUUCAGAGAUCUGCUGGCCUCUGCCUCCUGAGUGCUGGGAUUAAAGGUGUGUGCCACGACCCACCUGGCAAGAAAAUUUGCAGUUGUAUCCCUGGUUUUUUGUUUUGUUUUGUUUUUUAACAGUCUUACUGCUUUUUAAAACCAGAAGUGACUGUUCAUAUCCUGAACCAGUAAAAUGUUAAAAAAAAAACUGAGUUUGUUUUUGAAAAUGAAUUUUGUACUCAUUGUGUGCUGGUUUUAUUAUAUUAUGCCUAAUAGCCAUAGAAUUUCACUUGGGACCAGGACUGAUCUUCUGAAGAUGCUUGUUAUCCUUUUAAUUUGUGUUUUCCCUGCUCCUCAAAUGCUUUAUGGUUAAUAAGACUCAACUGACUAACUGAUAGUGAGGGAAAGUGUGUGCAAUAAACCCAGCUGGUAAUGUU